AGUCAGCUGUGCCUCGUGCACGCGCCGUCCGCAUGCACGUCGCGUAUAUGUGGAUGAUUCAGCUGGAUCCGUCAGUUGGUCUGUCCGCCUCGUUCCCUGAGCACGUGCAGCGCCACACAGACGCACGCGGCUUUUUUUGUUUAUUUUGACCUCUGUCCUCUGCGCGAGGGUCGAGGUGAGCCCGUGCAGGUGACACCGAGCAGGGAGACCCCGUGCAGCCCGGUGCACCGGUGCAGGUUCUGGAUCCAGGCCGGAGCGGGAGCGCGUCACCGCGACGGAGCAACCGGAGGAUUUUAUCGGUGUUUAUCGGGACGUUUUGGAGCCUGUCGUGUUUUUAUUUGUCGUUUAUCAGAGUCUUUGAGCGGAUUUAACCCGGACUCGUUCUCGCCGCCCUCCAGCUGCUCCAGUCAACACCAGCGCGGCCACAUUUCCGCAUUGUGACGCCUGAUGCUCGGUGAGUCUGCGGCAGCUCAUCUCUUGUUGUCUCCAUGGUGAAGUGGGCGGGGUCUGAUGUCAGCCCCUCCUCUCACCAACCCUCCCGCCAUGCCCACCAUGGUGUCUCGGCUGCCCAAGUUUGGCUCUCGACCCAAAUCUCAGACGCUUCCCAGCACUCGACUCACCAACGGGUUCUACCAUCACCCCGGACCAGAGGGGGUCAGCGGCUCCUCGACAGCGACGACGCCCUCCGCCGCCGCCGCCGCUAAACAGAACGGCUUCAUCAGAGUCCCGGGUUCUUUUCAAAAAUGGAGGAUGGAGGGAGGGGAAACGGAGAAGGAGGCGAGGAGAGGAAAGGUCGGGAACGGCGGUGGCUUUCAUCAGUAUUACUCCCAGCGGCCGUCACCACGCGAGACCAAACGACCCACUGCUUCCUCUCCUGGAAAGGGGCGUGGCCUCCCCCAGCAGCCUGUGACAUCAUCCUCCUCCUCAUCUUCCUCUCCUCAGUCCAGCCCCAGAACUCUUCCCGUCUCUAAAAGCCUGUCUCCGUUCUCCAAACCGAGCCAAGCGGCCGCGUCCAGACCGAAGCUCUCCGGCCCCAACGCCGUCCCUGGAUCCGGACCACGGACCGGCAGCUCUCUGAGGCGCCCUCAGAGUUUUGCCCGUGGCUUCAGACCCAGUUCCGGUUCAGGAUCUCAAUCCGGUUCACCGGGACAGAGCAAAACCCGAGCCGGUCGCUCUUUCUCCAGCGACAACCUGGGCUCAGCUCCGUCCGUCCCGCUGACGCAGAGCGAUCGGCUUCGAUCGCGUAGCCUCAACCAGGUCCAACGUCAGCCCUCCCCCACCCUCACCCCCGCCUUGUCCCUCCCUCGCCCCCCCAAAGCCCCACCCAGAUCCAGAUCCAGCCCCAUCCACACACAGGAGGGAGGAGCUAAUGGUGGAGGCGUCUUUUCCUCCCUCCUGCCUCCAUCCGCCUUAAAGAAGCCCCUCCUACCCAGCCUCGGCUCCGCCUCCAAGCCCAGCGGCAUCAGCUACAGGCUGUCACGCCCGUCACUCAUCAAGCAGUCCCGCCCCCUCCGGGUGUCGGCGGCCAAUGAGAGAGGUUCAGACCAGGAAGUGAGGGGAGGACUGAAUGGGAGGAGGAACUUGGUGGAGACGCCGUCAACAGAAAACAGCCCAGAAAUCACUCCUGAUGCUCCAGAGGUGGGGGGGCUCCCUGUCUCCCAGGGAGAGGUGUCGAUCGUGGGGGAGACGCUGGAGGACAUGUCCCUGUCUUCCACCUCCUCUCUGGAGAGAAACGACACCAGUCAGGAGUACAUGGACGACUUCGACAACCUGGGUAACGGAGGCGUCGGGAUUCUUCUGCUCUCAUCCAAAAACGAUGAAGACGACUCGGGCCUCGACCAAUCCUGCGCCAGGUUCGACAGCGACGACAAGAUGACGGUGAACGGGGUUGCCAAGGAAACCGGGCUGUGUUUCCUGGACGACGGUGUGGACUGGGCCGACGUGAGGCUUGGAGGGGGACGAGGAGAGCAUCGCCUCAACAGACUGUCCCACCGGAGACGCUCCAGUCAACCCGACGACCACGACCAGGGCGGCUCCUCCCUGGACCUGUCCCCCUCCGACAGCUGUGGAUCUGGGGGGACCUACAUGUGGGACGAGGAGGGUCUGGAACCACUGGGGGGCGCCGCCACCACCGCCUCCAUCCACACAGACGGCAACACCACCCACCACAUCGGGAGCUUCGACUCCGACCUCAACAGCAUCGACAUCUUGAACAACCUGGACUCGUGUGAUCUGGGAGAUGAUGACCUCAUGCUGGACGUGGACCUCCCGGAGGACGCCUCUCUGCACGGCGGUGGGUUUGAGUCUCAGCGUCAGACAGCAUGGAGAGCUCUUCAUAUUCAUUAUUAUCAAUUCAGUUAUUUAUUUAACACUUCUCUCAGAUCUGAAGACGGAUAAGAGGAAGCCUCAAAUAACAAGUUUAUUCAUGGAAAUUAAAUCUACCCCUUAAGUUAUAACCUCCUUCUCGCAGUAAAACAUUUCUGUAUUUUCUUAGUAGUAGAUUGUUUUUUGACUCACUACAAAUACUACAAAACACUUCAUGUGAUAAAUGAUCAUAAUAAUGAUGUUUUGAUAUUAACAACAAUGACAAUUUAUACAUAUACACAUAAACACAAUGACUGACUGAGCUGCUAUGAACAUAUCACACAGAUGGAUUAAAAGUCAGUCGACUAUAAACAGGAACUAGAACAUCGUUUCCUUAACAGAAUUUAAGCCGUUAGCUGCCUGAUGCUACAAUAUGAGAUGACAAACUACACU